UUCCUUGUGGGAGACACGAACACGUGGCUCCUAAAUGAAGGGCGAGGAUGUUCCGUUGAGUUGGUAAGUAUGAGGAUGAUGACUAAGAAGGACAUUGAAAAUUGAAACCAUCAUAAAUAGCCCACCAUUGCAAACUUUUCUUCCUUCCUCACCAAACCAAACCAAACCAACCAAACCAAAAACCAAAAACCAAAUUGUGUUUCCCUCCUUCGAUAACUCAUGUUACCAUGUCCGGUCCUAUUCCUAACGAUCAAUGGCUCCAUUUCUAUCAACAAGCCCAAUUCUCCGGCGGUCAAGAGCUGCUCCCGUCGUCCGUUUCCGAGGCAACAGCCGUCACAACCACCGUGGCGCCGGCCCAGUUGAGCCCAGAGGGCCGAGUGUCGAAGCCCAUCAGGCGGCGUUACCGGGCCUCGAGGCGAACUCCGACGACUCUUCUGAACACGGACACCACCAACUUCCGGGCCAUGGUGCAACGGUUCACCGGCGCUCCUUCUUCGCCUGAUCUGUUUGGGCCGACACGUCCGCUCCCUGUCAACCCUAAUGGGCUUAUGUUGGCCCCUUCUCACUCUCUUCAGCAGCAGCAGCAGCAACAGCUUUAUCAACACUACCCAACAGCAUACGCAGAAGGAGGAGAGAACGGUUUGUUUCAGAGACUGAGCAACGCAACGGCAUCAACGGCGGCAAAUGAUGGAGGUGGCGUUUUGAUGGAGCACGCGAGGCGUUUCUUGCCCAAUAGGAAUGAAGGUUAGAAGUUUCUUCCCACUCAGACUGAGAGCGACAUUUGCAAAGCAGAACAGAACUUUGGAUAAUUAGGUGCUAACUUGUUGACCAACCCUCUCCAUCUGUGUCAAUGUGAAAUGGAAUUUUACGUUUCUUUCUCUGCUGUAGGCACCACAAAUAAUCCAUCUAUCUUCUUUUUUUUCUUUCUUUUUUUUGUUUAUUAUUAUUAUUAUUAUUUCGAUGAUGAAGAUGAUCAUGCUGUUCUUCUAUAUCUCCUUCAGGGUUUGUUUCUUUUUGUUUAAAUCUCUGUAUUUGUUUUUUUUUUUUUUAUGUAUUUUUAGUUAAUUGGGAGCUUCUUUUUUGGGGAGUCUUAGUCCCACAAUAUUUAGUUUAAUUGUUUUGGAUAUGGUCACUUUGUCACAGCCUGCCAACCAACACUCUCUUACGUAUGUUGACUUGCUUCCUUAUUAUGCCU